ACACAGCUCGGAAGCGGUUAAUAUUAUUGAAAAAGCAAAGUAUAUGACUGCCGAACUGAAGUGCCGGGUGUGCGCUUGCAUGCUGGAUACAACCUCCGUAUGCUAUGACAUGCGUAAGCAGCCGAAGCUCGCGCACAAGUUCAUAACUUGCACAGACUUAACGGUAUCGGAGCUAGAGUGUUUACCAAGUUGUCUUUGCCACUUAUGCUGUGGGCAGUUGGAGCAGUCAUACGCAUUUCGUGCUAAGUGCAUUGCGGCCGACACGAGAUGGCGCAUGGAAUUAUUGGCAACAAGUUACGAAAAUAAAUGCGAAAAUGAAGUGGAGACCAAAACAGUUUCACCUGAAGAUAAUUUAAACAGUGAGAGUGAACAUUUAUAUAAAGAGGAUAACAUUCUCCAAGAAACUCUUCCUCAGACUUCAGAACCACCAGAGUUAGCUAUUAAGCAAAGUGACGAGCCACAAGUACAGCAAAAAGUCAUCUAUAAGUGCGAUAUAUGCUCCACGCAGUUUCUCGAGGAGCAAAGACUGCGUGCUCAUAAGCGACAGCAUGAGCAUGAGUUGCCAUAUCCUUGUCCGGAGCCUGGCUGCGAUCGCGGGUACAGCCACAAGAAUACGCUUAGCGUCCACAUGCGAAAAUGCCACAAGUUGGGAAAAGAGCCCAAGUUGCAUAUUUGCGAAUUCUGUGGCAAAGUAUUUGAUACCAUGUGGCGUCUCAAGAACCAUCGAUUCACACAUAAGGAUAAGUCUGAGCUACCAUUUGUUUGCGAAGAUUCCGAUUGUGGGCGACGCUUCUCAAGCAAGCAGCUACUCAAGGUACAUAUGAUGCGGCAUGCUGGAAUUAAGAAUUAUAAAUGCACCUACUGCGGAGUAGCAAAGACCACGCGUACCGAGCUCAAAAUCCAUCUCAAUUAUCAUACGCUGGAACGUGCCUAUUGCUGUCGUAUCUGCCCCAAGGUUUGCAAUAGCUCCAGCAAUCUCAAAUUGCACAUGCGCACUGUGCAUGAACGUGCACAAAGCUAUGCCUGCGGCUACUGCGAUCGCACCUUUACUCAGUCGGCCCUACUGAAACAGCAUGAGCUGAUCCACACCGGAGAGAAGCCUCACGAGUGCGAAGAGUGCGGCAGGCACUUUAGACAAAAGGGAGCCCUACGUAGUCAUUGCAGGAUUCACGAGCGCGAACGAAAAGAUGCUGUUACAUAACUGUUCCUUGGCGAUUCCUAUGCCUUGAACUUAUGAUUAAGAACCUCCACUCAUUUACCAGUUGACAUGUGCAUUUAAUGUUUAUUUUCUAUAUUUAUUUUAGCUUAUUAAGAAGA